UUAUGAUUAUUGGGAUCAGUUAUUACCUGUAAUAACAAUAUUUUCUUCUUUUUCAGAAAAUAUGGGCGCAUGCUGCUCCGGCGGUGGCUGGUGGAGCCGGUGGUGGUGUAGCUGGGACGGCGGAGUCCCUGGCUCAGCUGUGGGCGGAGGCGGCGGUGGCGUCGAGUGUGAGGCGAACGAGGAGACGCCGCUGCUGCCGGCUCCGCCGAGCCCGGGCCAGCAGCGGGCCCUACGCUUAAGGGCAGAGGAGCGGGGCCGGCGAGUGGAGGAGCGGGCCCGGACAGCCGCCCGCCUCCACCACAUGCGCCAGAGCGGGCGCGCGUUUCGGCCGCUCCACGAGCGCCCGCCCGAGCGCCGCCAGCUGAGCGACGCGGAGCUGCGGGAGCUGCAGGCGGCGUGGCGGCGCGCCGUGCAGUCGGCCGAACGCCGCCUUGCCGCGCAAAUAACCAAUAAAUUUUAAGAGCUUUAUACGAGUUGAAGUGUUUAAAUGCAGUAAUUAAACACUUCAACUCGUAUAAAGCUCUUUGAAAAAAAAAUAAAUGAACUUUUUUAAAAAUGUUUUUUUAAUGGCUUUUAACUCCUUGCAGCUAGGUAGGUAGGGCCAGUACGAACAAACUAGACGAGUACCUACCUAGUUUUCAAGUUAAUACAAGGUAUGAUUUGUAAUUAAAAUUUUUGACACCUUUUUGACACUACUCAUGACAAUACAUAAAAUAUAAAAUUUAGAAAAUUAAUAAGAGAAUGCACAUACCUACAUUAUAUAGUUAGGUAGAUAAAGAACUAGGAACUUAAUAGCCCCCUCUCACUCACUACAUACCUACUUAGGCUGGUUUUAGUGUCACGCGGACCGUCCGGUGCGGACCCGCUCCGCACGGCCAAUCUGUAUGAACUUCUAGGGAGCGUUUAGAGUAAUGCGGUCCGGAGGAACCGCUCCGCUCCCUAGCAGUUUAUAACAGAUCGACUGUGCGGAGCGAUCCGCACUGACAGUCCGCGUGACACUAAAACCAGCCUUAUGCCCGUUUUCACCAUCAGUCCCUAAUUUUUAAGUGACCUCUACGGUAACACAUAACAGGAGUUUUGAUACCAUAGGGGUCACUUAAAAAUUAGGAAUUGAUGGUGAAAACAGGCAUUAUCUAUCGGCAGUGCUAGUUUGUACUCGCGCGCAUAAAUCGUGUGUGCAGUGCAAGCCAACACCAUGGCAAUGCUUUCAUCGUGCAAGUGCUAAGUUAGUCCUAUUAACAGCGGCCGCGGGCAGUAGAUAUUUAGCGCAUGAAAUCAGUAUCUUUCUUAGCCUUCUACUCCCCAGUAAUGGGGGAGAGAAGGCUUUUCAAAAAUUUUGCUGUAGGUAGUAACAGAGGGUAGAGGAAUAAAUACUAUAUACAAUAUAUACAAUAAAUAAAUAUUUCAUUGAUAGUAUUUCAUUUUAAAUCGUAAUGAUUCAAAGACAGUCCAAAUACUUAAAGGAACGGAAAAAAUCAAAUGAAACCGCGAUUUAACUUCCUACAGCGCCAUCUAUCGUAAAAAGUAGGAAUAAACGUAAAUAAUUAAUUUCUACUUUUCAAUAGAUGGCGUUGUAGGAAAUUAAAACGCGGUUUCAUUUUUUUUUUUCCGUUUCUUAUAAGUAUCUGGACUGUCUUGUCGUCAGCUAGGAAUAUAAUUAACUCAUCGUUAAAAAGAUUGUGUUAAUUAUAGUCCUAGUUAUUAUUUAACCAAAACAAUCGUUCGUACCUACUUUCUUCUAAUAUUGUAGAGUUGGGAAUUGGAAUUUAAUAAAAAACCCACUAUCGGCGAAGUCUCGCAUUUUUCGUUAUAGGUAGAAGGUACACGUUUGUAAUACAAGUUACUUCUACAUUUAUAAAUUUUUAAUAGACACAAAUAUUAUAAUCAUUCAUCGUAAUCUAGUCUAUGAUUAGAUAGCGAGUAUUAUUUUUACCCGACUGUUUUGAUUAAAGAUUGGUAGAUUAUUACAUUUAAUAAGGUCAAUAAUAUUAUUAUUUUUAACUACUUUCGAUGGUGUUUCAUUUUUUUUUGACGAUAGAUGCUUUAUUUUCAUGCCAUCUGUCGUAAUAAAGUAGAAACAUUAUCACCUCAAAAAUUCCUGUAUUUCUACAGUAAGAUAGAUGGCGUUGUAGGAAGUUAAAUCGCGGUUUCAUUUGUUUUUUUCCGUUCCUUUAAGUACCAGGACUAAAUUCUGAUUAACACGAUUUAUUUAUUACACAUUAAUGAAUUAAUGAUUAAUGAAGUUCAAAUGAAUUAUACGAACACGCACGCCUCAUAACAUACGCUUAUUUUUGAGUCUCCGCUCUCUUAUUGGGGGGUGGGGACAAAAAUUGCUCAUAACAACGAAGUCGGAUGUAUUGUUAUUGUUAUACACUUUAACGUUCUGCCAUUAUUAUGUGAGUUAUGUCGAUAAAUCAUUUAUAUACUUACCUAGUUAAACAUUAUGUAAGUAGUUUUCUGGAAAACGAGAUUCGUUAUUAACUCGCGCUUUCAUAAUAGGUUAAGUAAAACGUUAAAAAUACAAGUUACUUUUUACUUACUUAUUAUUAACAAGUAUUUUUCAUCGUAAUACAUACUGCUUUUUAAAACGUAUGUGUGGUCAGGAUCGCGAUUUGACAAAAGAAACAUUCGAAAAUCAUAAUUUAUAGAAAAACACAGCAUAUGUGUUGGGCCGCACUGACGUAUGGGCAGAUUAUUACGCGCUUUACGUGUGCGCCCGCACAGCCGUAGCGUCGAACUUUUACGCGUAAUGUGUGUUCGGCCGCACAGGCGUUGGAUCCAGAUAGCGCGCGGAACGCCGGUGCGGGCGCUCACGCUUUGUGUGAGAUUUUAGCACUGAGGGAUAACGUACGGCGCGACGCUCGCAGCCAAUGUGUUAAA